AUGAAGUUCCUCCCCAUCCUCACAACCCUAACCACCCUCACUGCCGCAAGCGCCAUCCCACCCACCGACAACGCACUCGCCCGCCGCGGCGACGGCCCCGAAGAUAAAUCAGGCAACUCGCAAUUCGUGCUGCAGUGCGAGGGCACGACGGUGCCCAACCCCGGCGGCGCCGGCGGCGAGGGAGAAGGCGGCGGAUCCUAUUUCAACAGCAAUAUGGUGUUCAACGCCAACGGGCAAAAGAUCAACCCCGAAGCCUGUACCCAGAAGGACAGCGUCUGUGACAACUGCCUCUUCUCUGGGGGUGGGCUCAGCUCCCCCACUAAUGUUACUGGGUGCUGGAACCCGCCCGGUGGUAAGAGGGGCUGCACAAUCCAGUUCAUGUACAAUGGACACGACUAUGACAGUGAUAAGGGGGAUAAGGCUUGUGGGACGACGAAUCAGUUCCAGCCUUUUGCUUUUGAUUUGAGUGCGCUGUGCUACUUUAAUGUUUGA